UCUAGUCCAUCGUUCGUGGCGUAACUAACGUUCAAAAAUGUCUUCUAGCUACAUGUGAUAAGGAGGAAUUUUAACAAUCACGAUUAAUCCUAACCUUACGCUUUCCACUCGACUUUUUUAUUUCGACAGCUUCAGCGUUAGAUAGUGUUUCAGUGAUAAGGACAAUACGUCGACAAAGACAAACGGUGUCUUUAACUGAUAAAGACGAUACGUUGCACAAUCGUACAAACGCAACGAUCGCAAAUUUUGCAUUGCUCUCCGCGACGAUGGAUAUCACUUUCAGGCGUUAUCAACGUGCGAUGAAAUUGUAGGAUGGCGGUGAAGGAAAGUAAAAUUGAAUUCGUUACGGAUCCUUGUCCCAUCAAGCCACGUAAAAUCGGCCCGCAAAAUGUGGUGGUGCGUCUUAGACGUAGGGAAACGAUGGGCUGCCCCUUUCCAGGCACGCACGUGCAUACCGCGCGGCAAUUUUAUCAAAACGUUUUUCCUAACUUUACUGUGAUGAACGUGGAGAAGCCACCGUGUUUCCUUCGUAAAUUCAGCCCGGACGGCAAGUACUUAGUAGCCUUUAGCGCGGAUCAAACGUCUAUCGAGGUGUACGAUUAUUGCGGCGCUUCUGCUGCUGCGGACUUGAUAGCUGAAUGCGAAGGCGAAUAUAUCGGCCACAAGAACGACGAUUGCAGUUUUCACAUACGAAGUAAUAUCUUCGCGCGAUUUUUCAAGGUGAAGUGGAUUAUAAAUGUGGUACAAAGCAACGAGCAAUUGAACAGAGAAUGCAGUCUUUUCACAGACGAUGCUCGGUAUGUGAUAGUGGGUUCAGCCGCACAUAUUCCUGAUGACUUGAGGCCACACUUUUAUCAGAUCUAUACUAAUAAUGAAGCAUUGACACCAAAUCCAAGAUCACCACUGGAGGAUUAUAGUUUGCACCUGAUCGACUUACGGGGAGGAAAAUUGUGUGAUACUAGACAUUUUAAAGUAGAUAAAAUUUACCUGUCGCAUAAUCAAGGUCUUUAUUUAUAUAAGGAUAUAUUAGCAGUUUUGUCUGUACAGCAUCAAACUAUACAUAUUUUUCAAAUCCUCGAUGGCAUGUUUAUAAACGUCAGGACAAUAGGAAGGUUUUGCUUGGAAGAUGACGCGUACUUAGUUACCAGCGCAUGGCCUGGUGCUAAUUGUAGGCCAUUUAGAGACGCUACAAUAAAUAGCUUGAAGCAUAAGUUAUUAGUAUAUUUGUAUAAAAGGGCAAAAUACAUAAGCAAUGUGACAAAAGAUCCGUACGAAUUGAGGAGGUUCUAUCAAUACUUUGAUCAGCUAAAUUCCUUACGAAUGUGGAAGAUGCAGCUGUUAGACACGGACCAUAUUUUAGUGCGAUACACAAGCGAGGAGGUGGCUACGUUGCAAGCGAACGAACCUAAUGCGCAACCCGCGUUGUUGGUUGUUUACGAUAUGGUUACAGCUAAAAUUCUGGCAGCUUAUGACAAUGCGUCGACCCAACUGUUAACCCAAUUUGAAAACUUCAGUGAUUUUUUCAGGAAUGCCAGAAUGAGUACGGAUUGCCAGUACAUGUGUUCACCAUCUAAUAACAUAUAUGCCAGAUUGUUGCAACAGAGAUUUAAAUAUACAAUAAUAAGCGCUAAAUUCGGUGGCGUCACCGAGGCAACGAAACGUUUGCUCGCUCAAUUACCUAUAUGCGCUCAAUCUUAUUCUAGUUCCCCCUAUUUUGAUUUAUCACUAUUUUGCUAUGACGACAAAUGGGUAUCCAUGCUGGAACGCCCUAAAGCAUGUGGGGAACAUCCCAUACGCUUUUACGCACGUGAUUCUGGUCUCUUGAAAUUUCGAAUGUAUGCCGGUAUGUUAGGUAGAACAGCACCGACAUCUGCGAGACGAUUGGUCGCAUUCACCUUUCACCCGACAGACCCUUUCGCCAUUUCAGUGCAACGCACUAACGCAGAAUAUAUCGUCAGUUUUCACAUCAGACAUAUUUAAACCUUACUUUUUUUAAUACGUGCGCGUCAUGAUAAAGCAUGAUUAGACUUGUGACAUCUUGCUAAAACGAUUGAGAUUGUUGCCGCUAGAGUACAAAACGAAUAUUCUCUAAAAGAGCAUGUUAUAAAAUAACCAGCUAAAUCGGAAUCGAUAUGAAAAGACUUUUCUGAAAUUCAUUGACUGCUAGGACAUAAGAUGUACAAUGCGAUUUAGUACACUUUUAAUACAAUUUGAAAUUGAGAGUUAUUCGGAACUAUGAAACGUGCGAGAAUUUUGUAACAUUAUUUUUAUAAUUAUACCAAAAUGUCAUCUUUAAGAUAGAGUAUAUUGUUAGGUCUCGUUCUUUUAAACUGCAGUUUAUUGUGCCUGUGGAGCAGAAGGGAAUGUAAUAAGGUGUAGGAAG